AUGACCAUGGUGGUGAACGGUAGGCCAACGAAGAGACUGGUCAAGCGGCGUGUCACCGCCGAUCUCAGCGAUUUCCUCACUUUCCCUACCGCUGGUGACCAGGAUUCGUCCUCCGUCGCCGUAAACCCGUUCAGGACGGCGGUAAGGGCCUUCCUGACGAAGCACGCGCUCCUCCCUCCCCCAUCGUCGCUCUUCCCUCACCUGCUCACCUGGCAGAUCCUCUUCCGCGUCGGCGAUCUCGCCGGAGGCGACGGCGGGCCCGCCGUCGUCUGCCUCGACGUCGUGGAGGAGGACGUUGCCAGAUCCAGAUCCGUUUAUUGCGACCAGUGUCGCGUCGUGGGAUGGAGUAGUAAUCCAGUGAGUGCAAAGCGGUACCAUUUCAUAAUCAAGUCCGACGAUGGGAAUUCAAUCGGUGGCUACAACAAAACCUGUGCUGGCUGUGGCGAAUCCCUUCAUAUCACCGACUCCAAGUGCAAGUCAUGCAACCAUGUCAUGACCACCGAGGAUGUCGAGGACUGGAUGUAUCAGCAGCUAGAGAACACAACAACCCAUCUGCUGCACGGUGUGAUCCACGCCAAUGGCUACGGCCAUCUGCUUAGAGUCAACGGGAGAGAAGGUGGGUCCCGCUUGCUUUCGGGCCGCCACAUAAUGAACUUCUGGGAUCGUCUUUGCGAAACGCUUGGGGUCAGGAAAGUGAGUGUGAUGGACGUGUCGAAGAAGAAUGGACUGGAGUUCAGGUUGCUUCACGCGGUCAUCAAGGGCCACCCGUGGUAUGGUGAGUGGGGAUAUCGAUUUGGUGCCGGAAGCUUUUCGUUGACCCUCGAUGACUACAGGGCAGCUGUUGCCAGCCUGUCCUCGCUGCCCCUGUCAGCAUUCCAAUCUCAGGGGAGGAAGCCCCGGACAUGCCUUCAGGACAUGAUCUCGUUUUACCAGUCCGUGUCUGAGCGUGAGCUCGUGAGCGUCCGGGACCUCUUUACUUUCCUGAUGAGUUUGAUUCGUGAUGUUCGCCACCUAACCCACCUCAAGCUAGACGAGUCUUCUCCGUGCAAGAAGCAGAGGACCUGCGAAUCGAGGGCGUUGUGUUCCUGGACGGUCGAUGAUGUGAGACGAGUGGAGGAUGCUAUGUUAAAGGUGUUGCGUGCUGUGAGUGGGUCCAACUGGGUCGGAUGGCGUGCUCUCAGAGGUGCAGUUUGCAAGGCGGGUAGCCCCAAGCUUCUGGAUUACUGCCUUAAGGAACUGAAAGGGAAACAGGCGGCUCCAGGCUUGGUUGUUGCUGCCCGUUGCAUCUCUGACUCGGGCGCCAUGGAGUAUAGGUGA